AAAAACACGAUACAGAUUUUUGUAAAAGCGAACGCGGACCUCGGAUGGUGGCGAGGGUCUUAGGGUUCGGCUAAAUAAGUGAACAGCCCUAUUCGAUCGCGUCACAAAAAUCGGCGGCGGGAUCUGAUUGAACUCGGUUUAAACGCUGACGACUCUCGGAGAUUAUAAAGCGACGGAGUCCAAAGUCCGACUUGGGAGUGGCAAAGAAUUCCCGGACUGAAAAAUCUGUUAGCGUUAUAUUACAGUUGAUUCAGGUAUUCAGUCAACAUGAAACAGGUGUUUGUGAAAUGCAACAUUUUUACAGUGUGCGGCACAACGGCACAACAACAUACUGUAAGAAGUAAUAAAAAGAAGAAACGCAAGGGUCCAAAAAAACGCAAAACAGUACCACCACCUCCACCACAACCACAACCAGAACCAACAAUAUUCGAAACGGAGCGACGGGCUCGCCGCAAUGCGGAGGAGGAGGUCGAGCGACUGAGGUUGCUUUUGCAAAACGCCACAACGGCGGCCUCCUCGUCCUCCUCCUCCUGCACCGAGGACUGCGGCGGAUCGGGUGGUCUACCGGGCUAAGGUAUGAAAUACACACGUACAAUAGAGGCAGAACUGAUAAAGAUUGAUUUUUCAAAAAAUCAAAUUGUUUAAUAAAAUAAUAUGGAAUAAAUUUUUCGUUCAAAGCUAAGGAUAUUUAUUUACGGUAAACCAAUAAUAGCUGAUUAAGUAGAGUACGCGAAAGUUUAUUAUUAAUUCUUAGUGCUACGUUCUGCCUCUUGCAUUUAUUUAUCUCAUAUUGUUACAAUAGAUGC